CGCAAUGCACCCCUUCGAUUCGAUCUCGAUCUCGGUCGAGCAUCCGCACGAAUCACGAGGCACGCCGCUCCCCUCGUCGCCUCCCAUUUCGCGGGUCGCCGGAGGUAGGCAAAGGCAAGCAGCGGCCAGCCACUCUCCCAUCGGAUCUCGAGCCUUCUUCCCCAAGCUACAGCCGCCACCCUGCCUCCGUCCAGAUCCGGUACCAUCCGGAAGCCCCCACGAGCCGCGGCUCUCCCCGCCUCCUCUAGAUCCCGACGACCGGGAGGACGUGAGCGGGGGAUCCACGGGCGCUCGGGAACGAAACACGGCGAGCUAUAGCCCUCUUCGAUCAAGUACCAUCCGCGCGGGAUGCCGAGUGCAAAAGAACCACUGCCUAUUAAGUCCGAAGAGCCGAAAUUAGUAGUGGUGGAGAAGGAGAACGGGAAGAUGCUUGAUAUUCAGGACAAGGAAGUUACCAUGGAAGGCCUCUGCUCCGUAACUGCUUAUGAUCAGUGGACGCCGCUCUCCGUCUCCGGACAGCCUCCGAAACCGCGAUACAAGCAUGGAGCUGCUGUUGUUCAGGAAAAGUCGUACGUCUUUGGCGGAAAUCACAAUGGCCGGUACCUUGGCGACAUUCAGGUCCUGGAUAUCAAAAGUUUGUCAUGGUCAAAGCUGGAAGGUAAAAUUCAGUCAGGACCUUCAGAAACAGCCGAAACAGUUUCAGUUGCUCCUUGUGCUGGUCAUUCACUGAUUCCAUACGGAAACAAGAUCCUGUCACUUGCAGGAUACACCAGGGAACCUACAGAAAAUAUCAGUGUAAAGGAGUUUGAUCCACAAACCUGCACUUGGUCUACCUUACGUACUUAUGGGAAGUCACCGAGCUCACGUGGUGGUCAAUCAGUGACUCUUGUUGGGGACACUUUAGUCGUGUUUGGAGGUGAAGGUGAUGGGAGGUCUCUUCUGAAUGACUUGCAUGUUCUUGAUCUCGAGAGCAUGACUUGGGAUGAAUUUGAGAGCACAGGCACUCCCCCUUCUCCAAGAUCAGAGCAUGCUGCUGCAUGCUAUGCAGACCAGUAUCUAUUGAUAUUUGGUGGUGGAUCUCAUUCUACAUGUUUCAGUGAUCUAUAUCUCCUUGACAUGCAAACAAUGGAAUGGUCAAGACCAGAGCAGCACGGUAUUACUCCAGAACCAAGAGCAGGGCAUGCUGGCAUAACGUUUGGGGAUAACUGGUUUAUUACUGGUGGUGGCAAUAGUAAGAAAGGUGUUUCGGAAACACUAGUACUUAACAUGUCUACAUUGGUAUGGUCAGUUGUUACUAGUCUUGAAGGCCGUGCACCCCCUACAAGUGAGGGCUCGAGUUUAGUACUUCACACAAUCAAUGGGGAACAUUUUCUGUUGUCAUUUGGAGGAUACAGUGGACGUUACAGUAAUGAGGUUUAUGCUCUGAAGACAAGUCUGACACCAAGUGUGCCAUCUCCAGAUAUUAAUGAACUUGAGACAGAUGAUGGCAUGACUCCAUUGUCUGCAGCAGCAAAUUCUAGCAGGGGGCCUAUAUUCGAAAUUGAAGAACUUCAAGAUGUAAAGAAUAACAAGAGAGGAGAUACCAACAAAACAUUGGUGCAAGCAGUUAAGCGUGAGAAGACCCAGGUAGAAGAAAGACUUGAACAAGAAAAGCUGCAGAGCUUCCACCUGAAGAAGGAACUAACUGAUAUGGAGAACAGAAAUGUGGAGCUUACUAAGGAACUACACUCAGUUCGUGAUCAACUUUCUGAUGAAGAAGCGAGGGCUUCCAAACUCGAGAAUGAAAUUUUAGAGAUUCAACAACGGCUGCAGAAGAUGUUGGCCCUAGAAAAGGAGUUUGAGUCACUUCGGCGUGAAACGGAUGAUGAGUCUGAUUCAGCUUCAGGCAGCAACAAGAGGACCGGUGGUGUGGGGUUCCGGAGGUGGUAUGGAAGCACACAGGAGGAGAGUUGAAGGAGUGGACCUCUAUGUAGCGUCGCAUUCUUUCAGUUUUGUUCGUUUAUGAGCAUAUUCUUUUCUGGUGAAUACAUUACAAACAUUUAGAUGAAAAGCUUGAAAUUCAUUUUGCUGAAGAACAGAAUGAUAGCAAAUUACAGUCCAUCAUGAUCGAAUGUACCAAGAAUUUCAUAAAGUUCAAAGGUUUCUAUUAUCCGAGGUACUUUUUUAGUUUCA